ACUCACAACAUCCCCGCUGUUUCCAUGGAAGCCCACCAUGUCAGGACCCGGACAGUCACCGCUGUGAAAGCUAGCAGAAUCCCAGGACUAGAGAAAUGCAAUGAUUUAAUGUGAACGUAGCUAGCAAGACAGUUCACUGUUUACAGUUACGUACGUCUCAAGCUUAUAAAUGUUCAUGUCGACGUUAUCUUCUGAAAUGACGACUAGAAUGAACCGUUUUAAUACCACCGUUCCCGUUGACGAAUACCUCGCGGACAGUAACGUGUUGUUCUACCUGAGUGAUGCUGUGACGCAGCUGCUGGAACAUAAAGAAGAAUACACCCAGUUUGGGGUGACCCGCUACUUUGCUGAAUAUUUCAGCAGUGUGAAGAACAGUAACCACGUCCUCUUCAGAGAGUAUAACUACAUCAAGGCCACUCCUUAUAACAGAGCCUCCUUCAUCAGAGUCUUCUGGAGAUGCUACAGACAGAUCGGCAAGAGUGGAGACUUACUGUCAAUGUUGGAGUACAGGUCUCUGCUGCAGUUACUGUGUCCAGACUUUCCAGUGGAGAUGGUGCAGAGUGCAGCCAGAAUUGUCCUGAUGGACGACGCUAUAGACUGUCUGAUGUCUUUCUCUGAUUUCCUUUACGCCUUCCAGCUGCAGUUCUACUACCAAGAGUUCCUGGACAGUGUGCUGGUGAUCUACCAGGAUCUGUUAGCAGGGAAGAGUCCAAACACAGUCAUCGUCCCCACAUCCACCUCCAUCGAGCAGCUCCCCUCUGUGGCUGCAGAGGAGAAUGACAAAGAGGAGCAUCAGCAGGACGGGGUGGAGCCGUCCACUCUGGCUCAGUGUAUAGAUGCCCUCUGUGACAGGUUAAAACACAGUCAUCCUCCCAGGUCCUGUAUGAGAGAAGUAUUGGAACAGACUGACAAAGUCUCUUACUACAGUUUACUAAUGAGCCUGGCUAAACAUGAGACGAUUAACCAAACCAUUGGAGCGUUACCCAGCAAGGCAGAGCUGCUUAUUGACCCAGAGAUGGACCAAGAACUGGACAAACUUAUUGCUCAGAUCUCAGUCAGUCCCAGCAGCAACAGCAGCGGCAGUGCAGUGGGGGGGCUGAAGGAGGUGCAAAGGAAGGCCUCCCCCAGGAGGAACAUCCACCACAGGAGGAAGAUGGAGGUGGAGAGCGACGGCUCCACUGAGGAGACAGAUUCCUCUGAAAACUGACCUUUCAACCACUGACCUCUGGCCUUUCACCACUCUGUGACACAUCACCUUCCAUCUUAAGUCCAAAACACACAAUGAUCAUUAUGAUUCGCAUGAAAACUGUUUGCUAUGUAAUCCAGAAAGGCAGUGAGGGAUCAAGUGAAAUGACUACCCUUGGAUAUUUAUUGUAAUCUUUUUAAACAAAAUGUUUUUAUUGCUCUCACUGUUGGUUGGUAGUAAUAUGGUUGGUAGUAAUAAAAAGUAAUAUUUCUUUAGCUAGUCAUAAAUAGUAUGAUCAACAAGUUGGAUAUCAGUGAUAACACUACAUUUAACACUCAGUGACAUGUAUUCACACUUUCCAAUUCUCCUUAGUUGUCAUGUUGGAGAUGCCUCUUGAAACAGCAUUUAUACUAUACAGUCAUGAAACACCAAAACUUAAAUGGUUUAACAAAAAGUUAAACCAGUAAAGUUGUUUUAGCUACUUUAAGUUAGCAGCUCCUUACUAAGCAAAAUAAGGUUUCAUUGCUGUUUACAGAAUGACACCUGAAGCUGGUGUAAUAACAGAUAGGAACCUCUUUCAUAUUUGAGGUGCAAGUUUUGACUGCAAAUACUUGAUUUGUUCUUAAAAGUAACACUUCAUGUUAGCAAACCAACCUUGCUUAUCAACUUAUCACACGGUGUGAGUAGAUGUAUUCCCACUGCCUUAAAUCUCUCUGUUAAAGAUGACAACAACACUGGACAUUAAAUUCCCUAAAGUAAAAUGUAUUAUAAUAAUAAUAAUCUGCUGUGUUGAGCAUGUUAAAGAACACAGUGACAGGACAUUUUCCUCUUCCUGCCUGUUCAUUACCUGCAGCUCAAUCAUAAACUGUAUAGCACUAAUUUAUUUAUUACUUUUUUUAAUUGGUGAAUAGAAUGAUAAGACACUUAAAAUGUGAAUGUGAUAUGACAUGUAUGAGGAUCAUCGUUAACACUGUGAAUAAUAAAGAUGUAACUGUGA